CAGCGCCGCCGCCGCCGCCGGACAACGUCCGCCGCCGAGAGUCGUGUCAUUUCUCGGCUCGGUUCUUGAGAAGGCGAUUAUGAAGAAUAAUAAGGCGGCGUGGAAGAAGAACAAGGACAAUACUUAUAAUCUUCUCGUCGCCGUCUUCCAUGGCAGCAGAGCUCCGUCUCUGACGGUUCAUCAGUACCUGGACCGGAUUUUCAGGUACUCGGACUGCAGCCCGGCCUGUUUCGUGGUUGCUUACAUUUACUUGGACCGGUUCGUUGCCCGGACCGGCGCUGUUCUGACGUCACUUAACGUCCACCGCCUUCUCAUUACCUCCGUCAUGUUGGCCGCCAAGUUUCUCGACGACCGUUGUUAUAACAAUGGAUACUACGCGAGGGUUGGAGGGAUAAGCAACUCAGAGCUGAACAAGCUGGAGUUGAAGCUGUUGACCGCUCUUCAUUUUCAGCUCCACGUUACUCUCCCCACCUUCAACGCCUACUGUCUGCACCUCAUCCGGGAAACCCAAUCUCCGGUCAACCAGCCGCGGCGGCGGAGGCCGCCGGUUAAACUUUUUGGUUUCAGAAAAUACAUUGGGUUCGAAGCCAUGGAUGAGGUGAAGUUACUUGGGUGUUGGGUGAGUCCAUUUGCUCACAGAGUAAAAUGGGCUUUGGAGCUAAGGGGAGUGAAGUAUGAAUACAUAGAAGAAGAUCUUUCAAACAAGAGCCAGCUGCUUUUGGAGUCCAAUCCAGUGCACAAGAAGGUCCCUGUGCUUCUUCAUGGUGACAGAGCCAUCUCUGAGUCUGCUGUCAUACUUGAAUACAUUGAUGAGGGCAGUGCUUACCACUCAUUCAUUGUGUCCAAUGAAGAAAGCAGGGAGAAGAGCAAAGAAGAGCUGACACAAGUGCUCAAGAUAUUGGAAGAUGAAGCUUUGAAGGACAAGAAGUUUUUUGGGGGAGAUGAAAUAGGAGUGGUGGACAUCAUAUUUGGAAACAUACCUCAUUGGUUUGAAGCCAUGGAAGAAGUUGUUGGUGUGAAAGUAGUUGAACCAAAUACUCUGCCUCGCCUACACGCCUGGGCUCAGCGCUUCAAGCAAGUUCCCAAGAUCAACCACAGUCUGCCACCUUAUCAUGACUUGCUUCUCUUUGUCAAGGGCUUUAGGCAGAGCCUUAUUUCAAACACACUAAAGGCUUCUGCCCAGAGUCUGUAAUCUCAGCACUACAGUCUGAAAUCAAAAUAUAACAGUGGGUUUAAUUAAAAUUGAAAAACAGGAGUCUCAAGACUUCAAAAUUGAAAGCUAUUACCGGCUCUAAAUGAUACCUCUUUCAUAUAAAUAAGAUGCUUGUUUCUUACUUUUCAUUCUUUUUUACUAAAUAAUUUGAGUUCUUUUCAGGGCAAAAUUGGAAGUCAACUACAAUUUAAUACUUCCUUAUUUUUGUACAAAGUCAAAAGAGGAACACUUUUUCCAAACGGGGGAGUACUCCCUCCGUCCAUAAAAGAACUUCCCGGUUUGACCGGGCACGCAUAUUAAUGUGUGAUAAAAUUUGCUUUGACUUUCCCAUUAUACUCUUAUCCCUUGCAACUUUAAUCUUUCAAUCGAUAAUCGCCAACACCACCAGCGGCAAUUCUUGGCCACCACCGACAACUCUCCAACAUCGCCGCCGCCGCCAAAUCUCCGGCACCACCGGAUGACCUCUCUGAUUCUUCUUGCCUCCAUCCCUUCCGUAACCCUCCUCCCUCGUAGAUCUUUUCUAGAUCUGUUUAGUAUUCGAGGUUUUGACGGAGAGAUGCGAGGCUAGGUGUAAUGGAAGUUUUGUAGAUCUAUGGAAUCGAUGGCGGCUAUGUCGGAAGAGAAGCAGAUCUGACCGUUGGGCACCUCCGACCACCGACUCACUAUUUCGCUGCUCCCAAUCACUGGGUACGUGAU